GGUAGUUGCACGCGCCUGCCUUCGAAAGGAAACAUCGCGGUGAGGGAGAGAGUGUGCGAGAUAAAGAGAGAAAGAAGGUACGAAAGAGAGAGCGCGGCGCCCCUUUGCCUCCGUUUUCAGUGCUUCAGUCGCGCGACGACGCUCUCGGACGCUUUAGUCAGUCGGUCGGUGACGAGGCUCUCAAACGUGAUACACGCGCCGUUACGUUACGUUACGUUACGUCGUCCCGUCGAGGGGGAGAACGAGAACGAACGAAACGGAAGAGAGGAUAAACGAACGAAUAUAUUAUACAUAUUGUAUAUUGGUAUAUAAAAAAAGCGAUAAAACGAGAAAACACGAGCAGAUCGCGAGCGACGACGUUGACGGUUUCGAGUCGCGCUCAUAUAAAACACGAAUCUCCACGACGAGCAAAGUUCCGAGCAGUGCGGAAUAUCGAGAAGAAGGCCAUUUUCAUACAGCCGGUUGUUACACGCGGUGAAAGAAAACACGCGAGUGUGAGAGACUGAUCGACUAGAAAAGGAACGUACGAUCGUGGACACGAGAUUACGGCGAGCAGUAGCCCACGCGUUUCCAGUGUGCGAACAACAUUCGCGUCGCGCACUCGUAUACAGGCACGCGACGACGCGAGGAUCGGACGGAAAAGGAAAAAGGAAAAAAAGACAGGAAAACGAUCACCGACGGAGUCGACGAUUUUAUUUUUAUACGGUGCAUCGUUGUUUUUCCUAAAUAUAUCCCCUCGUGAUCGCGCACUACAGAGACCGCACGAUUAUCUUUUCUUGCUGUAGUAGCUAGCAGCACCGUAUUUCUCGUCCUAAAUAAAUCCUGGUGUGUGUACUGUGCACGCGCGCGCGCGCACGCGUGUGUUUCAUUGUUUUUCGAUCGUUUCGAAUUAGACUCUGGUCGCGAGGAAUCACCUUUGUUCGACACGGUUCGACCGUAUCGCCGGGUGGUAUUCCAGCGAAGCAAAGAGGAACGUACGGUAGUAAAAGGACAACACGGCCUGUGAAGACGAUAAAAGCCAAUCAAGAAGGAAAACAGUGAAAAUCGGUGGAAUAAUAAAACUGUGAUUUAAACAGUUCUCUGUGGGUAAACACGUACGAUUGACUUUGCCGGUGAGACAACGCUCGUGAAACUAAGUCGAGCAACAUGCCGACGAGUUUGUUCAGCGAAAUGGAUCGUGGAGCGAAUGGCGGAGGUACCGCUUCCCUCGAGGAUCAACGAGCCUUGCAAUUGGCAUUGGAAUUAUCUAUGCUCGGUCUCGAGGGUACUCCUGGAUGCCCGGGCACCGGCACAGGGACCGGCACCGGAACUGCCAACGACCCGGACCCACUGCAAACGACACCGGCAGGCGUAUUCGAGGAAGCGCGUUCUAAGAAGAGCCAGAACAUGACCGAGUGCGUGCCGGUGCCUAGCAGCGAGCACGUGGCAGAGAUCGUCGGCCGACAAGGUUGUAAAAUCAAAGCGCUCCGAGCAAAGACCAACACUUACAUCAAGACCCCGGUGCGGGGCGAGGAGCCGGUGUUCGUGGUAACAGGCCGCAAAGAGGACGUGGCCCGCGCGAAACGGGAGAUCCUCUCAGCCGCUGAGCAUUUCUCUCAGAUCCGGGCGUCGCGCAAGAGUUCACUGGGCGCGCUUCUGGGCGCGCCUCCUGGACCGCCGGCUUCGGUUCCAGGCCACGUGACGAUUCAGGUACGAGUGCCGUACAGAGUUGUCGGAUUGGUCGUAGGGCCGAAAGGCGCGACCAUCAAGAGAAUCCAACAUCAGACGCACACCUACAUAGUGACACCGAGUCGCGACAAGGAGCCGGUGUUCGAGGUGACGGGAUUACCAGAGAGCGUGGAGGCAGCUAGACGCGAAAUAGAGGCGCACAUAGCCCUGAGAACCGGCACAGGACCAAGUCUCGACGAUUCGGAACUGCUCAGUGUACUUUGUCGCGGAGGGUUGGGCUCGAUCUUGGGCUGCCUCGAUCCACCAGGAUCGAACGGUUCGAACGGAUCGAACGGCGCGUUCUCCAGCAGCGGCAGUUGCAGCAGCUCGUCAAGUAGUUCCGGCGCACCUGGACUUAACGAUAUCGUGGCGAUUUGGGGCGCCGGUGUGGAAAGAGACGAGAGCCUAGGCGAAUCACCGUCUUUCGAGUCGGCAUCCUCGAUCUGGUCGUUCCCCGGGGUCGCGUUACCCUCGAGGUCAUCCCCGCCGGCCUCGAUCCCGACAUCGCCGACGGACUCGCUGUUGGGACGACGGGAAUGCGUGGUGUGCGGCGACAAGGAGGUCACCGCGGCCCUCGUACCAUGCGGACACAAUCACUUCUGUCUGGACUGCAGCAACCGGGUCUGCGAGAGUUCCGACCCUAGCUGCCCUGUCUGUUCGAGGCCCGUAUUACAGGCGCUUCGUAUCUUCUCUUAAGCAUCCCUCCACCCCGAGAGAAGGAGAGAGCCAACAGAUCUCUAGGCUCCUUUUGCGUCGCGGCACCUGGUACAGCGGCUAUAACGAUUUUCACCGAUUGAUCUGCACUUCGAUUUUUGCCGGCUCAUCCAGGAACGACGGCGCUUGAGAACGCCCAUCCUCGAAUUUUUUCCGUACAGCUCGCCUACCCCGUACGGUUCAGUCCGCGGCUACGCGUUCAUUCCGCGGCUACCACGGGGCAGCGGACGCGCACAAUGUCUCAAUUCCACUGCUGCCAAUAACCUCUUCUAUACGCGCCGGGAAUUACCCGAUAAUACUUGUCGCGUCGUUCCCGCCGACCGGAUACAACGAAGUCAGCUUUUAAGUUCUACGAGAUAUAUAUGGAACGAGAGAGAGAGAGAAAGAGAGAGAGAAAGAGAAAGAGAGAGAGAAAGAAAACAAGCAUAUUCGCUCAUUCAUUGUCAUCGUUUUCAUACUGAUAAUAAAAUCGAGCUCGCAGGUUCACGAUCAUCACUGGAGGACUUUGCAGAAAUCACCGCGCGACGAAGAGCGAUCGAUACUCUGUUUGACAUCGAAUCGACGACCGUGUCGUGACAGAAGGAUUACUUUUUGGCUUUGCCGCUUUACGGGCUUGCCUUCGAACUAUUGGAAAAAGAAAAAUGUUUGACGCCCACUGAUCGAUGCACCCGUUAGUAGCGAGACUGUCGAUCACCGAGACGCUACUCGCUCGCAGAAACGAAUUAGGCUGAGCUAGCUGUUUCGUAUUGAUUGCAAUAACAUUCCAUUCACUGAUUGUAUUCACGGUAUUUUCGUAUUUUUAUACAAAUUUCUUUUGAAUCGAAGGCAGUCUAGAAAAUGGAAUGGUCGAAUUUAAUCAUUAUCGAAUUCAAAUCGAUCAAAUUGUUCUUUCUUUAUACAAUUGACAAUCCAAACGAGUCGACGCUCUCACGAUAUGCGUUCAGUAAGGAGACGCUCAUCAUUUUUAGAUAUUUUUACAUUUUCUCCUUCUUUCACCAUCGUGUUUUACGUUGAUGAGAUCGAACUUGUAAUUUUUAUUAUGCAAUCCUUUAUGAGACACUGAAUCAAAGGUGCUUGCAGACACUGACGAGUAAAAUUUCUACGAGUUGUAUAUUUUUAUUUGAGAAAACGUUUUACCGUUUCAUUCAUCGUUCCGAAUGUUUAAUGAAGACUACAAGCUUCGGUGCUCCUGAUGAAGAAGAUACUUUUAGCGUGGUAAAAAGAUGAAGUUCAAGCAGGGUUCGUUUGCUCUAUCGAUCAUUAUAUUCUCUCUCGUAUAGAGACGAAAAGAUUUAAGAAACAAUACGCAAGUAAAACAUGAAUCUCAAUAAGUAUACCUGAAAAUCACGUAAACGAAGAAACAAUUUAACGGAGAACAGCAUGAGACACGAAUGUCGUGCAUUGUCGAUAAAUAAGCUUCCAAAGUUUCUCCGCCAAGAGUUUUUAGAGUCUAUCGAGUAAUUCGUUCUGCCCGUCGUUUUUUGACCAACUAACAUAGGGAGUCAAACGUAGUCAGAAUGCCUAUUUUUCUUCUUCACCCUUUUUAACGCAAAGACAAGCGAAAACUUUCCGCGGAAGCGAUUCUGUCGGCCGAUGCACCGACCUUUAACGAACCCUUCGAGAUCUGCGAGCUCGUCAGACACAACCGCAGCGAAUGAUUACCGAAAAAUUGCCCACACUUGACGCAUCAAACACACACGAACACAUACGCUACAGGCAGACAGUCAAUCUUAUUCAUACAGGCACACGUCGCACGACAGAAGAGAGAUUAAAAAAAAGAAAAAGGAAGAAAUUAUGGGUGAGUGGUCACGUGUCCCUCGAUCUGCUGGGAAACUACUUAGAUGAUAGUAUUAUAAAAAAAAAAAAAAUGGAAAAGAAAAGAAAAAAACGGCGUGCCCGUUCCACCCAGCCUCCCUCGCUACUAGAGUAUUAUCUUAUCUUUAUAUAAGCGACAUAGCAAUUGAAAUAAUAAUAAUAUUAAUAAUAUAUAUUAUAUAUAUAAAUAUAAACAUAAAUAAAUAUGGUGGUCAGGAGGAGUCUGACGACAGUAAGAAGGAUGAUAUUUUAUCGAGGAGAUUUAGAUUUUGUAUUUUUCGCGCGUUUCGUCGACGGGACGACGGGUGGUUGGGGACAGCUGCACACGCCGUAGACAAAGAGGAAAAUUAUUAUAAGAGUUAUAUUAAAAGAAGAUAGGAAAAAAAAGCAUACAAAAAGAAACAGAAAAAAAAGAAGGAAAAGCGAAAACGGCGCUUGAAGGGAAACAAAACUAAUGUUUUUAAAGACGGCGUAUCGCAGGAACUCGUGAACCGGCUCUCCCUGGGAAAAGCUGAAAAAAAAAAAACGAGAACAAGGGAAAGAGAAAAGCUGUCGGUCGAUCCCCGCGUGGUUUGCGGCCGACUUCUUCCCCCCCUGUAAGUGUAUUCUUUUGAGCUCUAGUAAUAAUAAUAAUCGAGUAAUAUAACUCGUUCUUUCAAUGAAGAACUAAACCGAUGUAUCUUUCACGUAGGGAUCGACGACCCGUGUAUUUAAGCUUUUCUUUGAAAAGUCGACAUUAACAUUAUAUUAUAUUAUAUUAUAUUGCAUUAUU